AUGAGCAACCACCCUUAUAGCCAAUUGAGCCCGUUUUUUAGCAAUAAAUACGAAUAAUCACCAUUUUUAGCCAAGUAGCACAGCAUACCUAAUAUGCAGUACAAUUACGAGAAUAUGCUAAGAGUAGAUGGACAAUGGAGCGAGAUCAAAAGUGACUUGUAAAUGUCCUACAAUCAGCAGUCAAGAUGCAGCCCCCGCAAAACUCCAUUAAAUCAGCAACUGAUAAAGAGUCCAAACAAGUACCCAAUGACUCUUAGGUAGACACCAAGACGCAACCAAGAACUAGGUUAUGAAAUGGAAAUCGAUCAAGGGCCAUUUAGUAGAGAUAACUCACUUAAAGCAAUCUAGUAGGAUCCAUUCAGAAGUAGAAAACUGCUUAAUUUCAUUGAUUCAUCUAGACCUAGUUAUAAUGAAAACUAAAACCCUAACAUCCCUGCCUUCUCUAUUCCCUAGAAUAUAUUGGUCAAGGAAUAGAGUAGUCCAUUGAUGUAUGAGACUUUACUGUCUCCUAUGUAAUAAUAAAAGCAAUCAGUGAGAAAGACUCCAAUCAGUUCCCAAAACAACUAGAACAUGGAAUCUAUUGGUUUCAAUAGAAAUCCUUCUCAUUAGUACUACUACUUGUAGCAUUAAUAAUCACCAAAGAUAAAGCCUUUUCCUGUAACUGGCAUUCCUUAACACGCUUAAGUUCACUAGGAUGACGGCAGACAGAUCACAAGGAAAUAGGAGAGCACAGCCACGAACUCCGAAAUCGUAAGUGAAGAGGAUUAAUCAUUGAUUUCUCCCAUUCAUUACCAAAAGACUCGCUCAAUCAGACUAAGUCUGAUCUAAAAUAACCCUAAUUAUCAGUCUGAAAUGUCUCAUUCCUAUCAGUUCGAAAGAUACGUUCAACAGGCAAACAUCCACAAAUAAGACCAAAUAAAUUAACACGAAGAUUUUACUCAUAGUAACAUCAGACAGGAAUAAGAUAUGCCUAAUGCUGCUGGCUAUCAGAAUUUCUAAUAUAAUUCUCCCGCACCUAAAUAAUCAUAUAAUUACUACUAUGUCGACACUCCAGAGUACAUUCAAUCACAUGCCACUGCCAGUACCUACCAAUAUAGUCAAUAAAGAAAUCACUAAAGCAAUAAUCUAAAUCAGGGUAGUGGAUUAUUGAGACUAUCGAAGUGCAAAACAACUAUAACUAAAAAAAGAGCAAAAAGAACUGCUGAAGAUAAGUCCUCUCCAUAGUCGCUAAUUAAGCAAUGUCAGCCUUAAUCGGAAAACUAGAAAAAGAGGAUAAUUAAGUCUGAGUAGAAGGGCAUUUCUCUAAUGGACAAGAUAAUUGCUUAAAAUCAAUCACCAAUUGCUAAGCAAAAGCAUGCUAAAGCAACUAGAGCAAAUAACCAAAAUAACUAAGUUUAAAGUGCUUCAUAGAUUAGUCCCAAGGAAAUAAAACCCAAAUCUUAAAAUGUUGCUCCAGCUCAUUCAUUUUUGGUAGUCCCAACAUCUGGUGCUACUUAAUCAACCAAAAAGUGUACUUGUUCAAAGUCUAAAUGCUUGAAGCUUUACUGCGAAUGCUUUGCUAAUGGACAAGUAUGCGGAUUAGACUGUGGAUGUAAAGACUGCUGCAACAAUGAUGACUCACCAGAUAUUAUAUAAAAAGCCAAAGAAGAGAUUAUGAAACGUGAUCCUAAGGCAUUUGAGAUUAAAGUCACUAAAGAUAAUUAAGGCAAAAGUAUCUAGCACAGAAAGGGCUGCACUUGCAAGAAAUCAGGAUGUCUCAAAGGCUAUUGCGAGUGCUUCCAAAUGGGAGUCUCUUGCACAGACUUUUGCAAAUGUUCUGGCUGCGCGAAUUGCGAGAAAAAGGAAGAUAGCAAUAAGAGUCCCAGAAAGCAAGUCAAUAAUGGAGACUUCAUGCCAGACAUUCAAAGAGAAGUAACUGAAAAAUAGAAUACUCAUGCUGACCAUUCGAAUUGCUCCAGUCAUAAAAAUGAGCAGCAAAGAAUUAAUGAACCUCCCACGACAAGAUCAUCAGCAAGCAAACGUAUGAAGACUCUAAACAAAUGA